GGAGGCACGCGCUUUAAAAAGAACAUUUCGGGGCCGUUUGGCUCGCGCGCGUAAAUGCGUCCCACUCUGAUUUUCGCUGAUGAGACGCGUCUUUUUGGUGGAAUCUGACGGGGAAACCUCUCCCGAAUCCGGCUUUCUGUCCUGUAAUUUAUCGUGCACGUGAGAAGAUGAAGGUGUUUCUGGUCAGUGUGUUCCUCGCGCUGGACUUGGCCACCGUGGCUCUCACUCUGUCCACGUGCAGCACGCUGGACAUGGACCAGUUCAAGAAGAAGCGGAUCGAGGCCAUCCGAGGGCAGAUCCUGAGCAAGCUGAAGCUCACCAACCCCCCGGAGGACUUCCCCGAGCCGGAGGAGGUGUCCCGGGACAUCGUCGCCAUUUACAACAGCACGCGGGACCUGCUGCAGGAGAAGGCCAACGAGCGCGCGGCGACGUGCGAGCGGCAGCGCAGCGAGGAGGAGUACUACGCCAAGGAGGUGCACAAGAUCGACAUGCUGCCCGUCUACCCGGCGGAAAAUGUCAUCUCUCCCACGUACUUCAACCCGUACUUCAGGCGGCUGACCUUCGACGUGUCCUCCAUGGAGAAGAACGCCUCCAACCUGGUGAAGGCCGAGCUCAGGAUCUUCCGGCUCCAGAACCCCGGAGCCCGGGUGUCUGAGCAGCGCAUCGAACUCUACCAGAUCUUAGGACACAAAGACCUGACGUCCCCGACGCAGAGGUACAUCGACAGCAAGGUGGUGCGGACGCAGACGGAGGGGGAGUGGCUGUCCUUCGACGUGACGGAGGCCGUGAGUGAGUGGCUGAACCACAGAGACAGGAACAGUGGCUUCAAGCUCAGCCUGCACUGCCCCUGCUGCACCUUCGUCCCGUCCAACAACUACAUCAUCCCCAACAAGAGUGAGGAGCUGGAGGCACGGUUCGCAGGUAUUGACGACAGCUUCAUCGGCGGUGACCUGAAAGUCUUCAAGAGGCGGCGGCACAGCGCUCGAGCUCCGCACCUGCUCCUCAUGCUGCUGCCCUCCUACCGGCUGGAGUCCCAGUCGCAGCACAAGAACCACCGCUCCAAGAGAGCGCUGGACGCCGCCUACUGCUCCCGAAACGUUCAGGACAACUGCUGCUUGCGCUCGCUCUACAUUGACUUCAGGAAAGACCUGGGCUGGAGGUGGAUCCAUGAGCCCAAAGGCUACGACGCCAACUUCUGCGCUGGGGCGUGUCCGUAUCUAUGGAGCGCAGACACCCAGCAUUCAAAGGUGUUAGGCCUGUACAACACCAUCAACCCCGAGGCGUCGGCCUCCCCCUGCUGCGUCUCGCAGGACCUGGAGCCCCUCACCAUCCUCUACUACAUCGGCAAGACGCCCAAGAUAGAGCAGCUCUCCAAUAUGAAAGUCAAAUCAUGCAAGUGCAGCUAGAAGCCCCCCCAACGAACACACACGCUCUCUUUCUCCUGUUCUUGAAGCAAACACACACACACACACACGCACACACACACACACACACGUAGAGCUAGCAGAGUGGACUCACAUCCCUGCAGUCAGACCCCGCCCGUUCCCUCUCAUGCACUAUCACGCUCACGGCGGCACUUCAGGAGUUGUGUGUUGGAGAAAAGGAACGAUGCUGUGCAGCCAGGAGUGUGUCCCUCAGAGUCCAGCAGCCUCACAAGCAGACUGGUGUGUCGGGAUCUUUGUGUCGAGUCCAUGCUGCGGUUUUCCUGUUGUUUGUGGAGCAUUGUUUGGAUUUCCAGGCGUCUGACGCUGUUGACGGUCACUGUGGCACUGGAGGAGAGCCUGAGCAGCGAGCCGGAGCUAGCGCCGGCGGUCUCAUCUGGCCAGAAACAGACCGUCCUCACGUUCAUCAUCAUAAGUGAAUCCACACACGACCCGGGCAGCCUGACAGCCGGGAGUUUCCCUGUUCUCUCAGUCAAACUGCUCCGUAUCUGGCACUUGGCAUCAGUUUGUAAACCAGACGUGGGGAUCCAGCUCUCGACACGAUGAGCUGCAGCCACCAGGUACACUUUGUAAAACAAUGGACUGUUUUGGAAUUUAUCUUUAGCAGUGAGUCCAGCUGGCAGUCCUCGUCGUGUUGGCCAGUUGGAAGCAACUCAGUGAAUAAAAGAAAAACGCUGGAGACCGGGAAUGUCAAAAAUGAGUCUCACCCUUUGGUCUCUACCAAAUUCUCAGCCACAAGACAUUAGAUCAACUCACACUGUUUAUCAUUUCACAGUUUAGCCUGUCAGCCCUGAAAGAUCUGAUGAAUUCAAAGGUUAUUCAAAUAUGACGAGAAAUCAGCAUCUGCAGAAAUAUUCCAGAUCUGGACUUCAGGAGUAUUAAAAAGAGGGUUUAGCAUGUUGAUACUGGAAUUAUCUGAUGAAAGCAAUGUCCAUGCUUCAAGUAAAAUCAAAGUCAGAAAACAAUCAUUUAAUGCAAACGUUGCACAUCGCAGUGCGUGCUGUAAAUCAGUCUGGUAGCGUGAACUCCUCCCAGUAUUCAGAAUGAUCCAGAACACACACCAGUCCUGUUGUUAUUGUUUUUUGUUGUGUGUGUGUUCUGAAGGCACGUUCAGCAUGCGGCACCACACACACACAUCACGACUCGAGAGUAAGGCAAACACUGGAAGUUUACGUAAUACGUGUAUAUAUGUGAAAUACGUCCUGGAAACGACACACAGGCCGACUCCAUCGAUCAUCCAGCACUCUCCUCGUCUCACCGUCACUCCUGAUUCUUUGAUUUGUUUCUUCUUUUUUUCAGUUUCAGAAUGCUUUUCUGGAUUUUCUUGCUGUCAUGCAGCGGUUUGGUGUUGAGGUUUAGCAGCCUGUCAGGAGGCAGAGAGGAGGAAGGAACCAACAUGCAACGCUCAGGUCGGAAAAGUACACAGAUUAUGUCUGUAAGAAGUGAGUUUACAGAGGAAACCCUUCAAGGUUACUCUGGCUUUGCUCGGUGUGGAAAGUGUAAACGAUGACACACUUUGCCCCAAAAUUACAAGACAUAUAAGCCAAAUUCAACCUAAUUAGUACAAGCAUAUUAAUAUUCGAGUUAAGAGUAAUUCAUAAUUCCAUUUCCAGCAGGAAUCUUGCCACAGAAAACUACUCGCAUCUAAUAAGGUUGGUCAGAAACAUGGUUCAAAGUCUGACAGUGGGUUCUUCACUCUGUGAGCACAUCCAGGCAAAAAUAGAGCAGCAGAUUAUGUGUGUUUGUGUGAAACGGCCAGAGUUAGUGUGAGUAAACCAACGCCAGACCACACUCUGCCUGUUCUCCAGCAGCUUGGCGCUGCAGCGGUGGAGUUUAGGUGCUAAACUGACCGGGCACUGAAAGCAUUUGACUCAUUUUGAAACAAAACUGACAAGUGAGAAACUCCUCCAACAGGAAAACAUCUAACCUUUUCAGACCGCACGAUAUUCUCCAAUGGUUUUCACAUCACAGCAGCACGUUUCUGAGACCGUGGUCGUAAAGCAACGUGAGACUCCGGAAUAAGCAUGGAUGUCAAAAUAAGGCCCAGCCAGCAGGCGCGUCCUCCGUCAGAGCCGGAGACGGGUGGAGGCGGCCCGCAGGCCUGGGAGCUGCUGUCUCUGCGACGUGACGGCGGUGCGCGGGGGGAGUUAGCGAUUAGCAUGAUGAAAGCUGAGAGGAGGUGCUAGCAGGAAGUAAACAAAACGCUCAAGAAACAACA